UACUCUACGAGUCCACGGUUCAUUCAGUGAUUUCAGUCCUGCGCCUUCCGCGAGCGAAGAAGGUUCUCACAAGAUUGCAAAUCUUUGUUGACAGCUUUUUAUCUUCUCUAAAGCUUCAUUUUUUCUUUGCCUGCAUAGCUUUUUCAAUUGAAGCAUGAAUCUCUCAAGCUUUGAGACUUUGUUUCAAGUCUCCAUCAUGAAGCCCAGCAUACCAAGCUAUGCCAUUGCAUCUAAUAGUUCCUUUGAUGCCACUGAAGGAUCCACUGACCAACUAGAGUCAGACACAUCAUACGAUCUCCACACAUCUGGCAACCAUGAUGGUUCCCAGGCAUCUGGCAACCAUGAUGGUUCCCAGGCAUCUGGCAACCAUGAUGGUUCCAAGGCAUCUGGCAACCAUGAUGGUUCCAAGGCGUCUGGCAACCAUGAUGGUUCCAAGGCGUCUGGCAACCAUGAUGGUUCCAAGGCGUCUGGCAACCAUGAUGGUUCCGUGGCAUCUGGCAACCAUGAUGGUUCCAAGGCAUCAGGCAACCAUGAUGGUCCAUGGACAACUGGCAACUACAGGCAUCCUUACACAAAUGGCAACUCUUUUAAUUGCCAUGCAUCUGGCAGGAAUGGUGAUCAUAAGGCACCCAGCAAUUCUUGCAACACAAGAAAAGCUUACAAUUGUCAAGACCCAACCACAUCAGGGGAUGUGCGGAUCCUGGACGGGCUAGGCUUUGGUCCUCAGUUCCCUGCGAGACGCCAGCACAAUGUGACAAAUGAUUUCAACUCUCUUCGAGAGCCUACUUCAAAACGCUUGCUGCCACCCUCUAUAAACCACUCGCUACCACCCACUCCAUACCACUCGCUACCAUCCACCCCAUACCAAUCACCACCUCGCAGCCCUCACCACUCACUACCACCCACACCAGACAACACACCACCACCCAUCCUGCCUUACCUCAUGCCCCUGCCUAACCCUCACCCAGCCUUUCCAUUCCCCACUUGGUAUUUGGGACCUAAGCCACAGGUGGCAGGUGUCCAAUGCUGGGACUCAACAGCUGACAGUCGUGGGAGUAAUGAGAACCUCAGAGGGAAUCCUGGUGGUGGUAGUGGUACUUCCAGGGGAAACUAUGAUGAGAAUGAAAUCAUCACAGGGAACCAUGGUGAUGGUAAUGGCUACUACUACCAAGAGCAUGGAAAUUACAACAUCAGGGGUCACAGAGGUGGUGGUAAUGGGAACUUUCGAGGACGCAAUCAUGGUGGUAAUGGUUACUCUAGAAAGUACAAUGAAGGUGGUAUUGAGCAUUACCAUGGUCAUCCUUGUUUUGGAUUCCAUUUCAACGAGGGUAGGGGUCGUGCUCGAGGUCAUGGUGGCAGGUUCCAGCGUCCGCCACUCAGCAGGAUGGAAUGUUUAAAUGCAAGAAGACAUCCCCACACUUCGUGGUUUGAUGAACGUAAUGGAUGGCCAGAGUCAGACUCAAUAUUGGAAGUGGACCGACCAGCAGGAUUUCCUGUGCAUGGAAAUGGUAAUUGGGUCAAAAAUAAUUCAAAAAUUCACCGUCAAAAGAACCACAGUCAAUCAUCACAGUCUAGUUCAACCUGUCAAGCCACAUCACAACUUCCUCAAGCCAUGCCAUGCCCUCCUCAAGCCAAGCCAUGCCAUGCCUCAGCCAUGGAUUUAGGGGCAUUAGAAGGAUCAUAUCCUGAAGGAGAAUCAGCUGCAUCCUCCGCCCAACAAGUUCUGCAGGACCUUGAUGCCUCCAAGCCUCUUGCUUCAUUUGGACCUCUGCCGUGGGGCAAGGAUGUGGAAGGGAGUGUUAUUGUGUGUAGCUGCCAAGAGUUCAUGAUGGGCGUACCCAUGGAAGCUGCGUGUGGUGCUGCGGGUGCAGCGUCGAGCUUCAGUUGUGGCGAGUGUCAGAGACCCGACAGCGCAGGACCCGCAGUGGCUCCCCGGAACCUUCUUUGGGCCUUGCCAAACCUCCAACCCAACUUGAAAAUCUCUGUUUACAGGCCAUAGAGAAACUUCUUAGUGAUCAUCAUAGCUCACCACAACUUGAACAGCAAUAUUUUCAAGCCAGUAAUAUGAUGUUUAUUGGGCAUUUAAGCAGUUGGCCCAGUUUGAUAAAUUCAUAACAUUGUUUGUGAUGACAUCUGCAACACAUACAAGCAAUGUAUUAAUAUACAACACGUACAAUGCAUAUACAAACCUCACAUACAAACAUUGUAUGUAUCAGCAACUCAUGAACACGUCUCAUUCAAAUAAGUUUUACAAACAGCCGGUAUAAACACACAGUCAAUGCAAAGAUUACAUUCAAUGUCAAAUAUUUCAGUUCCUAAGCUAUUUAUUAUGUUGCACCAACUUGUUCAUGUUCUAUAUUCUCCAUGUAUGGCUGUGCUGGUCUGUCUUUCAUUAUUUUUAUUUACUACAUUCCAAUCUAGGCAUUGUUCAAUGAUCACCAUCACUGCCAUCACCAUCAUCGCUGCUGCCAUGAUAUGGUACACUCCAUUUUUAUGAUGAUUUGUAGACAAUGCCAGGAUUAUUUUGUAUAUAAAUGAUAGGAAUAACUAGUAUAUUUAAAUGAUAGGGAUAAGUAGUAUUUAAAUGACAGGAAAAAGUAGUAUUUAAGUGAUAGGGAAAACUAGUAUAUUUAAAUGGCAGGACGUAGUAUUCAAAUGAAAGGAUUUACUACUAUUAAAUAAUAUAAAGGACAGGAAUAAUGUGUAUAUGUGCUAACAGAGCUGCUCAAGGUCCUAAUAUGUAUCCAUUAUUAGGGUCCCGGUUUUGUGUUUCUUUACAGCGUUGUUUUAGUGUUUAAGUUACCUUAGUGUUACUGUGAACUUAACCUCACAUGUGAGUCAGUGCUGCAUCCGUGGUAACUUGAGUUGUUCUUAAGUUGUACGGUGUCUUGCACAACUAAUGGACGGCCGGUAUAUUUUUUUUUUAUAAAUAUUAAGGAUUCGUGCAAGGACGUCCAUCUCGUUAUUGGCGGAUGAGUUGCAUGUUGUGAUUGGCCAGUAUUUUCAAUACAUUUUGUGAGGA